AUGAUCCUCCCCACCCUUCUCCUAACCUUCCUAUGCUCUCUAGCAACCUCGGACCCCAUCUACUUUGAUAUCACGAUUCACUGUGAUUUAUCUUUUAGCCGCUGGUGUGGAGAUCUUUACGUUCUCGAGAAGGAUUUUUUCGUUCAUGAUGUGCUUCCUCAAAUUGAUUUCUGUGCUACCGAGCAUCACAAGAACUACACCUUCACAGUAACUCCUGGAGGAGAUUUUUCAAAUGAAUACGAGUUCGCUUACGUACUCAAUCACAACUGCACCACUGACGGAAAGAUCCGUUGCUUGAAGCCUUCCAGCACAACCGAUGUUCCUGUAGCUAUGGAACAAUCCGUGAGAUUUGAUAUCGAAGCCGCCGAUAAUGGAGAACAGUUUAUGUGCUCUAAUCCAUAAAUUAUCUUCGAGCAACUUAAUAAACUAUUUGUUAU